GUAAACGAAUCCCAACCUUUUGGAGGCCUUCACAUCGUUCCAAAAACGAGAAACUGCAGAAGUCCAUAGGAUUGAGCUGGAGACCGGAAGCGAAGAAUCGGCGCCAGCGGAAAAAUUGUGAAGGCGGUGCAGACGAAGAGACGACAGCCGCUGGAGUCUUUAGAGUGAGGAGGAAUGUGGUGAUUGUUAUUUGAAGUUUGCGUAAAUACGAUCGCUAAUGGACAUCCGAUUCCCUUUCUCUCCGGCGGAAGUCGCCAAAGUCCGCUGUGUUCAAUUCGGCAUACUCAGCCCCGAUGAGAUCAGGCAAAUGUCCGUUGUCCAGAUUGAGCAUAGUGAGACUACUGAGCGGGGGAAGCCCAAGGUUGCAGGCCUGAGUGAUCCUCGGUUGGGAACAAUUGACAGGAAAAUGAAGUGCGAGACUUGCACUGCGAACAUGGCAGAGUGUCCUGGCCACUUUGGACACUUGGAACUUGCUAAGCCCAUGUUCCAUAUAGGGUUCAUGAAGACUGUACUUAGCAUAAUGAGAUGUGUUUGCUUCAAUUGUUCUAAGAUUCUUGCAGAUGAGGAAGACCAUAAGUUUAAGCAAGCCUUGAAGAUAAGGAAUCCAAAACACAAACUUAGAAAGAUCCUGGAUGCUUCCAAGAACAAGACAAAGUGUGAAGGAGGGGAUGAAAUUGAGGUUCAGGGUCAAGAUGGUGAAGAGCCAGUUAAGAAGAGCCGUGGUGGAUGUGGUGCUCAGCAGCCAAAGAUUACUAUUGAAGGUAUGAAGAUGAAUGCUGAGUACAAGGCACAGAAGAAGAAAAGUGAUGAUCAGGAGCAGUUGCCUGAACCCGUUGAGAGGAAACAGACACUUACAGCAGAAAGAGUUCUUAGUGUUCUCAAGCGAAUAAGUGAUGAGGAUUGCCAACUACUGGGGCUGAACCCUAAGUAUGCACGUCCAGACUGGAUGAUCCUGCAAGUACUUCCGAUUCCACCACCACCUGUGAGGCCCUCGGUCAUGAUGGAUACAUCCUCCCGCAGUGAGGAUGAUCUUACCCAUCAGCUGGCAAUGAUUAUUAGGCACAACGAUAAUCUAAGACGACAAGAACGGAGUGGGGCUCCUGCACACAUCAUAUCUGAGUUUGCACAGUUGUUACAAUUUCACAUAGCCACAUAUUUUGACAAUGAGUUGCCGGGACAGCCAAGGGCCACUCAGAGAUCAGGGAGGCCCAUCAAAUCAAUAUGCAGUAGGCUUAAGGCUAAAGAGGGUCGUAUUAGGGGCAAUCUAAUGGGCAAACGAGUUGACUUCUCUGCUCGUACGGUGAUCACUCCUGAUCCCACUAUCAACAUUGAUCAACUUGGAGUACCAUGGAGUAUUGCCUUGAAUCUCACCUAUCCUGAAACUGUUACUCCGUAUAACAUUGAAAGGUUGAAGGAGCUUGUUGAGUAUGGGCCACAUCCUCCUCCUGGUAAAACAGGUGCAAAAUACAUUAUAAGGGAUGAUGGGCAGAGACUUGACCUCCGCUACUUGAAGAAAAGUAGUGAUCAUCACCUGGAGCUUGGUUACAAGGUUGAACGACAUUUGAAUGAUGGAGACUUUGUUCUUUUCAAUCGACAACCCAGUCUCCAUAAGAUGUCAAUUAUGGGUCACAGAAUCAAGAUCAUGCCAUAUUCAACUUUCCGCUUGAACUUGUCUGUCACUUCUCCAUAUAAUGCCGAUUUUGAUGGCGAUGAAAUGAAUAUGCAUGUGCCGCAGUCAUUUGAAACCAGAGCUGAAGUUUUGGAGUUAAUGAUGGUGCCAAAGUGUAUUGUUUCUCCUCAGGCCAACAGGCCUGUCAUGGGAAUUGUGCAGGACUCACUCUUAGGAUGCCGCAAAAUUACAAAGAGGGAUACUUUUAUUGAGAAGGAUGUUUUCAUGAAUAUCCUAAUGUGGUGGGAAGAUUUUGACGGGAAAGUGCCUGCUCCAGCUAUUCUGAAGCCCAAGCCGCUCUGGACAGGAAAGCAAGUUUUCAAUCUCAUUAUACCAAAGCAGAUAAAUUUAAUUAGGUUUUCUGCUUGGCAUAGCGACUCAGAGAAAGGAGCCAUUAACAUUACCCCUGGAGAUACAGUAGUCAGAAUUGAGAAAGGAGAGCUGCUUUCUGGCACUCUUUGCAAGAAGACACUUGGGUCAUCUUCUGGAGGACUGAUUCACGUUAUCUGGGAAGAAGUUGGUCCUGAUGCAGCAAGGAAGUUUCUGGGACACACCCAGUGGCUUGUGAAUUAUUGGCUUUUGCAGCAAGCUUUUAGCAUUGGGAUUGGAGAUACAAUUGCCGAUGCUUCUACAAUGGAAAAAAUUAAUGAAACAAUUUCAGCUGCAAAAACCGAAGUGAAAGAACUUAUUAGGAAGGCGCAGAAUAAAGAUUUGGAGCCUGAACCUGGAAGGACUAUGAUGGAAUCAUUUGAGAACAAAGUGAACCAGGUCCUGAACAAAGCUCGUGAUGAUGCCGGAAGUAGUGCACAGAAAAGUUUAUCUGAAAGCAAUAAUCUCAAGGCAAUGGUCACUGCUGGAUCAAAAGGGAGUUUCAUUAAUAUUUCACAAAUGACUGCUUGUGUUGGACAACAGAAUGUUGAGGGAAAACGGAUACCAUAUGGCUUUGUUGACCGAACAUUGCCUCACUUCACAAAGGACGACUAUGGGCCCGAAAGCCGUGGGUUUGUGGAGAAUUCAUAUCUCCGUGGGUUGACUCCGCAAGAGUUCUUUUUCCAUGCAAUGGGUGGUAGGGAAGGUCUCAUUGAUACUGCGGUGAAAACAUCUGAGACUGGAUACAUACAGAGGCGACUGGUGAAGGCUAUGGAGGAUAUAAUGGUAAAAUAUGAUGGUACUGUGAGGAACUCAUUGGGGGAUGUGAUUCAGUUCCUUUAUGGGGAAGAUGGAAUGGAUGCUGUCUGGAUUGAAUCACAAAAGGUGGAGUCACUGAAAAUGAAGAAACCUGACUUCGAUAAGUUCUUCAAGUACGAAAUUGAUGAUCCCAAUUGGAGACCUAAUUACAUGUUGCCCGAACAUGUCGAGGAUUUAAAGAACAUACGGGAAUUGCGUGAUGUGUUUGAUGCUGAAGUUGCAAAGCUUGACGGAGACAGAAAGCAACUUGGAACCGAGAUUGCCACCACUGGUGACACUUCCUGGCAUUUGCCUGUUAAUCUUGCGAGGCUCAUAUGGAAUGCACAGAAGACAUUUAAGGUUGACACAAGAAAGCCUUCAGAUAUUCACCCAAUGGAGGCUGUUGAAGCUGUUGAUAAGUUGCAAGAAAGGCUGAAGGUUGUCCCUGGUGAGGAUCGAUUGAGUGUGGAAGCUCAAAAAAAUGCUACUCUCUUCUUCUCAAUCUUGCUCCGUAGUACGUUGGCAAGUAAGAGGGUGCUCCAAGAAUACAGGCUCAGUCGUGAAGCGUUUGAUUGGGUUAUUGGUGAAAUAGAAUCUCGUUUCUUGCAAUCAUUGGUUGCUCCAGGUGAAAUGAUUGGUUGUGUUGCAGCACAGUCUAUUGGGGAGCCUGCUACUCAGAUGACUCUCAACACAUUUCACUAUGCUGGUGUUAGUGCAAAGAAUGUCACCCUUGGUGUCCCCAGGUUGAGGGAAAUCAUUAACGUAGCCAAGAAAAUAAAGACACCUUCUCUUUCUGUUCUUCUGCAACCAGAAUGGAGCCAGACAAAGGAGAGGGCUAAAACUGUCCAAUGUGCCCUGGAGUAUACAACCCUGCGAAGUGUUACACAAGCUACCGAGGUUUGGUAUGAUCCGGAUCCCACAAGUACAAUUAUUGAUGAGGAUGCUGAUUUUGUGAGAUCUUAUUACGAGAUGCCAGAUGAAGAGGUUGCACCUGAAAAGAUUUCUCCUUGGCUGCUUCGUGUAGAGUUGAACCGUGAAAUGAUGGUUGAUAAGAAACUAAACAUGGCUGACAUUGCUGCCAAAAUCAACCUCGAGUUUGACGAUGAUUUAACUUGCAUCUUCAAUGAUGACAAUGCUGAGAAGCUGAUUCUCCGUAUCCGUAUCAUGAAUGAUGAAGCCCCUAAAGGCGAGCUUACUGAUUCAUCAGCUGAAGAUGAUGUUUUCCUGAAGAAAAUCGAGAGCAACAUGCUGACAGAAAUGGCUCUGAGAGGUAUUCCAGAUAUCAACAAGGUCUUCAUCAAGCAUGGCAAAGUAAGCAAAUUUGAUGACAAUGACGGCUUCAAAACGGUGGAAGAGUGGAUGCUGGAUACUGAAGGUGUCAAUCUGUUGGCUGUCAUGUGUCAUGAAAGUGUUGAUGCCAAGAGGACAAGUAGCAAUCACUUGAUUGAAGUUAUUGAAGUGCUGGGAAUUGAGGCAGUUCGUCGUGCACUUCUUGAUGAGCUCCGGGUCGUUAUUUCUUUUGAUGGAUCAUAUGUGAAUUACAGGCAUCUUGCUAUAUUGUGUGAUACCAUGACAUAUCGUGGUCACUUGAUGGCAAUUACUCGGCAUGGUAUCAACAGGAAUGACACUGGACCUAUGAUGAGGUGCUCGUUUGAAGAAACUGUUGACAUCCUCCUUGAUGCUGCUGUAUAUGCUGAGUCGGAUUAUUUGAGGGGUGUGACUGAAAAUAUCAUGCUAGGUCAGCUUGCACCUAUUGGCACCGGAGGGUGUGCCUUGUAUCUGAAUGAUGAAAUGUUGAAGAAUGCCAUUGAACUGCAGCUUCCCAGUUAUAUGGAGGGUAUGGAGUUUGGGAUGACACCUGGUCGUUCUCCAAUAUCUGGAACUCCUUAUCAUGAGGGGAUGAUGUCUCCAAACUACUUGCUGAGCCCAAGUCUACGCCUCUCGCCUAUCUCAGAUGCUCAGUUUUCACCUUAUGUUGGUGGUAUGGCAUUUUCCCCUGCAUCAUCACCUGGGUACAGCCCAUCGUCUCCAGGCUACAGCCCUUCUUCUCCAGGAUACAGUCCGACAUCACCUGGAUAUAGUCCGACCUCGCCUGGGUACAGUCCCACUUCGCCAGGUUACAGCCCCACUUCACCAACAUAUAGUCCCAGUUCUCCUGGGUACAGUCCAACAAGUCCGGCCUACUCUCCAACAAGCCCGUCUUACUCCCCUACCUCUCCGAGCUAUAGCCCUACAUCCCCAAGCUACAGCCCCACAUCCCCGAGCUACAGCCCCACGUCACCGAGCUAUAGUCCCACAUCCCCGAGCUAUAGUCCUACUUCUCCGGCGUACAGUCCUACUUCACCGGCGUACAGUCCUACUUCACCGGCGUACAGCCCUACAUCACCAUCUUAUAGCCCGACCUCUCCUUCCUACAGCCCUACUUCACCUUCAUAUAGUCCUACGUCUCCGUCCUACAGUCCGACGUCUCCUUCAUAUAGCCCCACUUCACCUGCAUAUAGCCCCACUUCGCCCGGGUACAGCCCGACAUCGCCGAGCUAUAGUCCUACGUCUCCAAGCUAUAGCCCGACGUCGCCGAGUUACAAUGCGCAGUCAGCAAAAUACAGUCCUUCACUUGCUUACUCACCAAGCAGUCCCAGAUUAUCCCCUGCUAGUCCUUACAGUCCUACAUCUCCAAGCUAUAGCCCUACUUCACCUUCAUAUUCACCUACGUCUCCAUCAUACUCCCCAUCAAGCCCAACCUACAGUCCCAGCAGCCCGAGUGCAGGGUAUUCACCAAGUGCACCGGGGUACUCACCAUCAUCUACAGGACAGUAAAUGUGGCGAGAAAGGCAAGAGAUGGGUGGAACACAAAUAGAAUGAAUGGACUUGGGGGUUGCCUCAAGUGAACUGGAAUACAAGGGCAGGGUUUCACCUUGACUCUUGUAUUUAACGUGAUCAUGGACAUUGGUGAUUAACAAUAAGAGAUUGGAAGAGAAAAUGAGGGGCUUUUAUUUUUCUCCUAGUGGAAUUAAGGAAUGGAUGAUAAAUACAAUUUGACUGAGUAGGAGGGAGGGACAGUUUGGCAAACUCAAAAGUUUGGUUUCUGUUGCUUGUAUUAUCUGAAGCCAAUUGCCCAUUUGAUUUUUGUAGCGGUUCUGGCGUUCUGCAAUCAAGUCAGAAGCUGUGGUGGAGGUGAUUGAAAUCAUUUGCCAAUUGAGUAAAACUAAAACAGUAAGCUGUGGUUUGGUUUAGGGAUGGCAACAAAACCCAAAUUCACGGGUACCCUACACGAUCCAAUCUGGUCAAUGCAGGUAAAAUCUGUGUUGAUGGGUUUCGGGUCGGGAUCGGGUUUAAACUCGUUAAACUUUCACCGGGUUGGGUUUGGGUUUAGGGAUACUCGACCCAUGGAUACUUGCUCACACUUAUUACGUCGUCGACUCUCUCCAAACUCUAUUGUAAUUCUAAUUUUUCCCAAUCUAAUUUACAAUUUGUAUGAAUAAUUUUGAUUUGUUUGAAUUUUCUAGACUAUAUGAAGAAUUUGUGAUUUGUUUGAAUUUUCUAGACUAGUGUUUUAUGUAUGGAUAAUUCGUAUGUAGAAAUUGAUGUUUGAC